AGCUGCACACAGCACAUAUUGAAACAAACGAAGGAUACAGACGAAACGCAUGUACACGCUGUUGCUGGCGAUGGCGGCGACGGAGCCGAUGAGCUCUGCGAUAUGCGCGCAUUGACACACUUCCAUCCCUCAAGGCAGCUCCUUUUGCAAACAGUUUUCAGAUUCUGUUUUGGUCUUGCGCUAGGCUGUCGCUGGAUGGUCAGCUUACAAAGGAUUUUUGUGGCAGUAGAAGAGUUGUAGUGAUCGAGAUGGUCGUUUAGGGGAGAUGGGUUAGGCGUAUGGAUGCUCAAGGUGUGGGAGGAUGGCCUGGUGCUUGAAAGUGGCAUUUCCAAGGGGAUGGUGAUAACCAGGAGGAGCGUGUCCGUGCUGAUUUGUUGCGGAUGUGUGACGGUGUGUUCCGGUUGUGAGGGCGUUUAACGUGCCAUUUUUGACAUUGUGGGUAUUGCUACCUCGCCCACACGAGAGUGCGAACGUUUUUGCUGCUGGUGUGCUUGGAGUAAUUGGAGACGCAGAGGAUAAUUGUGAGGCAAUCAAUCGGUAUCUCUUUAUGUCAGAAUUUCUUUCUAGGAUCAAGGCUCGCCUUGAGACAGGCCAACAUUACAACCUGAGCUAUUCUGAGGAGUCAGGAUGGGUAAGAGCAGCUUUGGCGAACGUCGGCGAACAACAGGAGGAAUCAGCAGAAUCCCGCGAAGAAGGGCAAGGUGGAGGAGAGAUAUCACAGCCGUGUUCCGAGUGGCAGGCGCAGUUGGUGAAAAGAAUGCAGGGAGUGAGACUUGGAGCUGCGGAGAGAUCUCCUGUCUUAACCAAGUCUAGAAGCAGUCCUGCUCUUGGAAGCGUUUCGUCUAGAGAUGCUUCCCAAACCCUGUGGGAUUCCAAAGUUCUGGAUUCUAGGCUGCCCAAUGGGUUUUACUCUGUAAUACCUAAUCAAAGCAUGAAAGUUCGCUAUCGAACUAUACCAACUCUGAAUGACUUGCAGCAAAUGGGUACCAUGUUUCGUGGACUGGACGUGUUACUUGUUGACACGAACAAGGAUACAAAUCUGUUAAAGCUGCUGGAUUUGACUCGUGUUAUAGUCAAAGGAAUAGGGAUUAACAUCCCUCUCAUGAUCAAGAAAAUUGCUGAAUUGGUAGCUGACUUCUAUGGUGGCCCGCUUUUCGAGGCUGGUUCCAUGAAGACGACAGGAGACGGUUACAAUGACACAGACGAAAGUAGCGUUGUUCGGUUGUUGGGAGAUGUGAAACAAGGCUUGUGCCGACCGCGUGCUAUUCUCUUUAAACUUCUUGGAGACUCUGUUGGGCUUCAAAGUCGUCUCUUAAUGGGUUUACAACUGGAUGCUGUACCCAGUAGCUCUUUGAUAUGUGCAAAUCCCAACAAGCACUUGUCCAAUGUGGUAAUAGUGAAUGGUAUUGAGCUCUUGGUGGAUGUAAUGCGAAAUCCGGGUUACCUACGUCCGUUUUCGAAGAAGGCAUUAGUUAGGUACCACAUAGCAGGGGCAGGGGAUAGUGAUUCUGCGGAUUACGAUUCAUGCGACUCUCCUCUAGAGCCAAAUAGCCCACUUUAUGAUGCCCCUGACAAGUUGGAUCAUGAAAACUUGGAGCAGGGUAUAGAAUUUGGUCGUUCACUAUAUACAAGGAGAGGUCGGACUGCUGCUGCUGCUGCAGGGUUGGGUUUCAAUCCAGUUCUUGGGAUUUGUGGCAAAUUAAGUCCAUCUCGGAGUGAGUCAGAUCUAGUCAAUCCUCGUCGACGCAAUCGACGACGUGCCUUUGAGGAGCAGAAUACCAGUCUCAGUCCCGAUCAUGGUGCGGAAUAUCAGCUGGAGCAAAGGAAUCUGGGUGUUGAUGGUUUUCGAAGUUUUCCUUCCAGUCCAGAGCAUGUGCAAACUCGAUUGCGACCGUCGCAGCAGGUGGGAUCAGACGAUGGAAGUCUUCCCAGCAGUCCUGAAUAUCCAGUAUUCAGACCUCGUGCGCAUUCCAUGUUGAGUGGGAGUCGUUUGCAUGUAGGAGAGACCACUUCCAGUCCAGAUGGAUCGCCGCAGCAUCCGAGCGUGACAAACAAUAUCGCUCCUAUGAUCAGGAGGAGGUCAGGCUUUUUGUCGAGUACAAGAGCAGGAGAUCUUGAAAACAAUUUAUCCUACAAACAAUUCAUGCGGGAAAAAGCAUUAUCUGUUGAUGUAAGGCACGAUGCAACGGGGACGGACCUUCCUCAAAGCGUGGGGGAUCCUUCAUCAUCACAGUUAAGGCACAAUCCACAUGCGGAAAUGCGAAGGCCCAGGAGACGGACUGUUGCACCUGAGGUUCCCGACGAGGUUGUCAGGGUUGUAAGGGCCAUGAAUGAGGCUCUCAAGCAAGAGCGGUCUCGGAAAAAAGGACAGGACCCUGAUUCUUCUUCGUCCGAUGGUCACAUGCUGAAUUGCAGUCGAGAAGGCAAAGUGGCUUCUGAGAAAUUACUAGAUGCUAGCAACGCAGAUGCUGAUGAUAAACAGGAACAUAGGGAGGAAGUUUCUGGUCCAAGCCAUUAUGACUUCAAUGUGAUGGGCAAUAGUGAAUCUGAUUCUCACUCAUCCAGAUUGACCUCAAAAAAUAAUGGAGAAGCAGCUUGGAAAGGAUCGUCUGGUGUCGUAUCAGACACAAACAGUGCAGCAGCCUCAUGGACUCUGCCGAUGCAGUCAGCGUCUCCACCAAGCCAACCUCUUUUUCCAUUUCCGGAGUGGAAUAUUGAAUUUUCAGAACUUCGGAUUGGUGUCCGUGUAGGAAUCGGAUCCUUCGGAGAAGUAUUUCGUGGUAUCUGGAGAGGCACUGAAGUUGCCAUCAAGGUGAUGCUUGAACAAGACCUUACUGAUGAAAACAUGCAAGACUUCUGCAACGAGAUUUCAUUGUUAAGCCGGUUAAGGCAUCCAAAUGUGAUAUUAUUUCUAGGAGCUUGUACAACGCCACCACAUCUUUCUAUGGUGACGGAGUACAUGAAGUAUGGCUCACUUUACCGUUUGAUUCACUCGGGUGAGCGGGGUAAAAAGUUGAGCUGGCGGCGUCGUUUGAAGAUGCUUCGUGAUAUCUGCAGAGGAAUGUUGAGUGUGCAACGGAUGAAAAUUGUUCAUCGGGAUCUGAAGAGUGCGAACUGUUUGGUGGACAAGCACUGGUGUGUCAAGAUUUGCGACUUUGGCUUGUCCCGAGUCCUAUCAGGCUCCACUUACUGUGAUGAAACUGCAGGGGGAACCCCUGAGUGGACUGCACCAGAGUUAUUGCGAAAUGAACCAGUCACAUAUAAGUGCGAUGUCUUCAGUUUAGGAGUCAUAAUGUGGGAGCUAUGCACAUUGAGACGGCCUUGGGAAGGGGUCAAGCCCAUGCAAGUGGUGAAUGCUGUUGCUCAUCAAAAGGCUCGUUUGGAGAUACCAGAUGGUUUCAUUGGCAAACUGAUUGCUGAUUGCUGGGAGGAAGUUCCAGAAUCUCGUCCCAGCUAUGAAGAGAUUCUUACACGGCUUCAAGAAUGUGACUUCCUGAAUGAAAGCUGAAUAGGAAGGGAGGAAUCACUCUUGUAAUCUAGGUGGAGGGUGCUACAGGAACGUGAAGAUGCUUCCUCUGCAACAGUUUUGCAUACUUUGGUAGGUUUGGUUGCCUUGUUUGGCAGAUACACUUGUCAGAUCGGUUUCUCACACGAGAGUUCUUACCUUGUAUCAUAGAUUGAGCAAGUCCAUCAUUCUGAUAUUUUAGUUUAUGUUGUGGUUGGGAAAACUACCUUGUCUCCCUCCACAUGAAGGGUUGUUUGAGAGGACUGUUCAUUUAGUGUGCUAUGAUCACAUCCGUAGUGUAUACUAUACCGGUCUGUCGCUAACAGAGCUGACACAGUUAAUAGAAGCUUGUUGAGAUGUUCAUUUCCGUGUUAUAAUAUGGACGGAAUCAGGCACAGUUAUCUUUUUCUUGGGUAAUUCGACGCCAGUUCUACUUUCCACCACUUCAUUC